AUGGCUUCUCGUCGUCAGCGACAGCUACAACGCAAAUACAAUUCUUACAGGUAAAAUUUUAAAAUUUUCAUUUUUCUUUUAGCGACAUAUAAGUAUUUGAAGGGAGGGGGAAUGAAAAAUUUUUGGCUUUAAUUCCAAUUUUUGUUGUGAAACGGUCAUUAUAAAUAGAAAUUUCAAGUGUUUUAUGAGCUCUCUCGUACUGCUAUAUUAGCUAUCUUAUCCCCAGAAAGAAGGAUGAGUCGUAUUUUACAAAAAAAAAUUAAAAUAAUAUUAUAAAAUAUAUUUUUUUAAAUUUUACGGUAAUUUAUGACUGCUAUCCUUAAAAUAAUGUUGUUUUAGAAGAUAUACAGCUCAAGAAGAUGUCAGUUACCUAACGCAUUCAACUCGGUCGGCUUACCGCUCCGAGUCGGUUACAUCAACAUCUUCAGCUCAGGGUCGCAAUUCAUCGACCGAAAUCGUUACGGUAAAAAUUUUUUUCAUUUGUUAAAGAAUUGUUUUACAGUGUAGUACUACAUGUAUUAGCCCUCUCUAUCCUAAGCCCUGACCUAAGUCCUAGCCUAAGUCCUAGCCUAAGUCCUAGCCUAAGCCGUAGCCUAAUCCGUAGCCCAAGCCAUAGCCCAGAGCUCUAGCUCAGAGCCCUAGCCUAAGCUCUAGCCCGAGACCUUUGCCUAAUCCUAGCUGUAGCCCUUGCUCUAGCUUACCCAUACGUCUUCAUCAACAGAUAUCCGUAUCUCUACGCGUUGCCUAACCUAUACUACUUUUAUUACCUAAAACUUUAAAUUUCAGGGUUCGGAAACGCGGAGUUACCCGGUCUACAUUGCCAUUCAGAACUUUACCCCAGAUGAGAGUGAAGCGGAAGCCGUGACUUUGGAACAAGGGCAGAUUGUAGAAGUUUUGGAGAAUAGUAAUCCGGCCGCUUGGCUUGUGAGGACAAAGGUAGGAUAAUAUUUUUUAAAAAUGUUGUAUUUUUGUAAAAUACGGCCCUGUUAUCGACUCUUUUUUAAUUUAAGUGCCGUAGGGUAUUACCUUUUUAUUAAUGUACAGAGUUGAAUGUACUUUUGAAAGCCUUAAAAACGAUUUUAAAAUUGAAAACUUUUUAAUAAAACGCAUUUUUAUAGCCCUAGACCUAGCAUUACCUCUAGCUUUAGCUCAAAAAUAUCGAAAAAAUGGCCAAAAACCACAAAAACAGUCCAACACCUCUUAUCUAACAAUAUAAAAAGUAAUAUUUAUACCAAUUACAACAUCACAAAAGCCUCUAGCUCAGAGUUUAUAGCUUAUUGUAGGCCAUCUUCUUCUUCUUUCUCUCAUUUCUUUCCCGCCUCCUUCUUUGCCUCAGGCUGGGCUGUUGGUUCCGAUUGGGCCGUUUUUGAUUUUAUGUCGUAAUUGCUCUUGGUCUUGAGGUCGGGAUCUUCGUUCACCGAUGACGAUGGUAGCUCACUUUUGUUUUUGAGUAGGCUCUUUGGUGCGCCUGGAGCACCAGUAGGGGCAGCUGAAGGUGUUUGAGACCCGGGGGGAGGCGGUGGCUGAAAAUUGGGGUUUUGAGAAGUUGUAAAUACCCCCCCCCACCUUACCCAACCCUGCCUAUUCUUACCCUACCCUACCCUAUCCUACCCUACCCACCCUACUCUACCCUUCCUUACCAUACUCAGCCAUUCAUACCAUAAUUUCACAAAGUAAACCUACGACUAGGAGGAGGAGUCCCAGUGGGCGACACCACCGGAUUCUUGUUGUUCUUCUUACAUCCACACCCAAAAACACUAUACAGCAACGUAAAGCUUGUUAUAGUCAAGUACAGUAACGCUUCUGUGAAAUACAUAACGAUUAAUCUGGUGGCUUUGACGUUUUCUGAAAAGAAGAUCUUAAGGGCUUAGUUGCUGUAGCUCUCAUAAAGUAGGAACUUUUGCUAUUUUCUGGCAAUUUUAGGUAAUAUCAUUACAUGAAAAUGCAAAAAAAGGUAAAAUACGUGGUGAAUAACAUUGAGCAGGUAAUAUUAGUUUAUUUAGGGGGGUAGAGAAGAAUUAAAAAAAAUUAAAAUUUUUUUUGCCCAAAAAGUUCACAGGGGGGACCAAGCUGAACUUUUUUCGAAAAAAUUUUUGAGCUGGAGCGGGUGGUGAAUAAAAAAUUAAGAACCCACUUCUAUACAGGCUGUAAAAGUUAACGUUUUACCCCUACAUAGACUGUCAUAACCCAUACCAUUCGAACUUACAGUGUUGUUGAUUCUUUUUAUUCCAAAUUCACUAAUCUCGAGGCCUUUAUCAGCGUUGUAACAGUAAAAAUCGACCGUUUUGGUCUAGGAAUUCACGAGAAAUGAAAUUGAAAAAGGGCUUUUGAAAUUGAAGAAAAUGUAAAAAUGAAAAAAUUUUAAAAUUACCCAAAUUUAAGAUCUGAAAUUUUAAUUUUAUACCUAAUUUAUUAGAUUUUUUUCAUAAUCUUCUUUAUAAACUUGUUCUUUGUUACAAUUUUGUAAAAUACGUUCUGAAAUUACCCUAAAUUAACUUAAAAUUGUCUUAAAAUCAAAAUUUCAGGCCAGACCACCAAAGACAGGGUGGGUACCAGGCUCGUACUUCGAGACUCCGACCAAUUACUACAAACAAAGGCGGCGAACUCGAGAACUGGCCAACCAAGAUGUGAAUCUGACGCCAGAACAGCAAGCAAUACUCAAAAGAGAGUAAGUUCUGUUAAGUUAUCGAAUUGUGCUUUGAUUCUUCUUGAAUUCUGCUUGAAUCAAAGCAUAAAUAGUCUGUGAUCUGCGAAAAACAACGGGUUGCAACAAUUGAUUUGAUCAAAAAAUAAUCUUUUUUUGUUAUUUUAAAUAUGCUUUAUGGUUAAAAAUAAGUUCGUAUUUUAGUAAUUAGGUCGAAAAUUGUAUAAAAUUUUAAUAUAUUUGGUAGUUUAGCCUUUUUUCUUUGAGUUUUAGUUUUUUUUGGGAAUUUAUGUUCAUUUUCACAGGGUUUUUGUUCGUCUUCUUGAAAUGCCUGCUUUCUUUCUUGAUGUUUCAUUUCUUUUUUUGUUUAUUUUUAAGUUUAAUUAUUUCUUUUAAGUUUUGUUUCUUUUUUUUCUAGCUUUUUGUCCUUGGGGUUUAGCUGUUUUUCUUCACUAAAAGCGAUUGUGACCCCGCGGCGGUUGUGACCCCGUGUUGGUUGUGACCCCGUAUAACUAAAAAAAUAAAAAAUAAUUAUAUAAUUAUAAUUUGUGGCCCUACCCGACCCUACCCCUGACCUUUUUGGCUCUACCCGACCCUACUCCUGACCCUUUUAGUCCUACCCGACCCUACACCUGACCUUUUUUUUAAUGUUUUGACCUUUUCUCUUCAUUUUCUAGUUGGUUUUCUUAUGUUUUAGCCCUUUUUUCUUCCUUUUUUAGUUCUUUUUCUUAUGUUUUAAAAUUAGCCUUUUCGUUUUUUUAAAAAUAUUUCUAAGGAUUUUACGACUAAAAUGCCUAAUUGAUCGAUAAUUCGUUAUAUUUUAGACAAGUCUACCAUGACCUACUACAAACGGAAGAGAAGUUUGUGGACGAUCUACGGGGUCUAUUGGACAACUAUAUUCAAGCCUUUCAAGACAUAAACAUUGCUGGUAUUCAGGACAUUGUUCUCAACAUUACUGAACUCUACAACUUUCAUGCAAAGUGAGUGGAAACAAAGUUUUUGCUAAAUUUUUGUUUUUUUAGGUUUGUUGGUGUAAAAUGUGUUUAUAAUUGACAUUAUGGGGGUGUUUUUUUGAAAUUUUGCUUUUGUAAAGGAAGUUAUUGCGGCUUUACUAAAUUUAGCAAAAAAUUUUACAAAAUUCGGUGUUGUAAAGAAAGUUUUUGCAUGUUUUUCAAAAUUUUAAGGAGUUUUGCUUUGUAAACAAAGUUAUUGCGGUUUUAGUAAAUUUAACAAAAAAUUUUACAAAGUUCAGUGUUGUAAACAAAGUUUUUGCAUAUUUUUUCAAAAUGAAAUUUUUUUUAGUAUAAUGCUCAAAGGUCUCCAGUACUAUUCGGAUGAUCCAGGAAAAGUUGGCCAAACCUUCGUCCGACUAGAAAAGGACUUUCAACAUCAUGUAGAGUUUUUAAACAAACUGCCUGAGGCAUUAAAGGUCAUCAACGAGAAUGAGGAGAUUUCGAAUUAUUUGAAAAGUUUGAGCGACAAAGUUGAAGCUGGUAGUCGGAGUUACAUUGACUAUCUGAAUGACAUUCCUGAUCGGAUCAGCAAGUACGAGGAUUACUUUAGGGUAAGUUGUAACGUAUGUUGUGGUCAGGGAACGUAAAUCAUGGUCAGAGACGUGGCUACCUUAAUAUUAGGUUGUUCAAUUAAUUCUGUGCCUCCAGUCAAAGCAAAUUUUUGAGGUCAGGGGCGCAGAAUUAUAUGAACAACCUAAUACUUUACCAACUCCUACAUAUAUACACAUAACUUACUGUAUCUUUCAGGAAAUCAUCAAAUACUCAGCCAGAGCCAAUUGCAGUACCAAGAGUAUGCAAAAAGCUCUAGAAUUGAUUCAAUCAGUACCCAGAAGAGCUCAAGACCUGUCGCUUACGAAUAAGAUCACCAAGUAUCCGGGAGAGAUCAGUCGACUUGGAGGGAUUGUCAGACAUGUAAGAUACGGUUUUCUUACCUAUUUUUGGGCUUAAUUUAUAAUUUUUGAAAUUUUAAUUUUAAAAAAUAAAAAUUUGUGUAGAUAUGGCUAUUAUAACAUGGCCUUUUCAGGAAGAUUUCGACGUUUGGGAAGAUGACGGUGCAGUUCAAGAUAGACACGUUUUUUUGUUCAAAAACAUGCUGUUGGUCACUAGAAAGGACAACGAUAACUAUGAACACAUACUAACUAUCAGGGUAGGUUAAUUUUCUUAUGAUGUAAAAUACGAGUGGUGUAGUUUUAUGUCUGUAAUAGGUUAGAAGAUGAUAUUGUACUACGCCAUGGCUAUGCUAGGUCAGGACUAGAUUCUUAUUUUAGUAGGGGCACGGUAUGGUACAGUAUGGUAGGGCAAGGUAAGGUAGAGUAAAGAAAGAUAGAAUAAGGUAGGAUAAGCUAGGGUAGAACAGGGCAAGGUACGGAAGGCUAGGGUUAUGCUAUGGUAAAUCAGUGUUAAAGUCCUAUUUAAGUAUUACUAUGGUGUGGUAUAUGGGGUAGAGUAGAGUAGAUUAGAGUAGGGUAGACUUGGGCAAAAUAGUUUAGGGCAGGUUAGGGUAGAUUAAGCUAACAUAGAAGGGAAUAUUGUGGUGUAGUUUAGAGAUUGUUGUACAAUAAAUGUUAUUGAUGUAAAAUACGAUGUUCUUUAUGAUAAGUUUAAACAAAAAACGAUUUUUUAAACUUUAUAUUAUAAUUCAUAUAAUUUAGUUGGACAAGUACAUAGUCCGUCAACUAACAUCAGAUGAGGACUGUAUUGUCUUUCGAGCUCAAGAACAAGGUCUUCCGAACAUUCGACUGAAGAAACAUGACCCAGUCCAGGCUGAAUUCACACGAAAAGCGUGGCUGAAGGAUCUUCAGGAAAUGCCUUGUGAGUCAUUACUUCUCAACACUAACAAUGUCUAA